ACUCUUGUUUCGCUCCUUGACAACCCAGGCGGGAGUGCGCUGGCUGCGGCCCCGACUCCGGCCCCCGUGGGAGCAGCAUCCCUUUGAGAAAGACAUUUUCUGCUCCCGCCAAGUUGGCAAGGCCUUCUUCCUGCAUCUCCUGGCCGUGUCUUAAUUGCCAGACUCAGCACCUCCUGGAAGCCCCACCCUCUCCUCCAGUGGCCACAGUGGAAGGACCAUGGGCGAAACUGAAGGGAGGAAAGAUGAGGCAGAUUAUAAGCGCCUGCAGACCUUCCCUCUGGUCAGGCACUCGGACAUGCCAGAGGAGAUGCGAGUGGAGACCAUGGAACUAUGUGUCACAGCCUGUGAGAAAUUCUCCAACAACAACGAGAGUGCCGCCAAGAUGAUCAAAGAGACGAUGGACAAGAAGUUUGGCUCCUCCUGGCACGUGGUGAUCGGCGAGGGCUUUGGGUUUGAGAUCACACACGAGGUGAAGAACCUGCUGUACCUGUACUUUGGAGGGACCCUGGCUGUGUGUGUCUGGAAGUGCUCCUGACACUCUGUCCCCCACCCUGGCUCCCGUGCCCUGUUGGGGCUUUCUCGGCCGUUCUUCAGGGGUGGGAAGCAGCCUAGGCAGGCCCUGGUUCUACCAAGGAGAGUGGGGGUCUUGUCUUUCUGUCCUGUGCACCAGUUUUCCUGAGCC